CUAAGGCGGCUGAGGUGGCUGAGGCGGCUGAGGCGGCCGCGGAGGCUGAGGUGGCGGGCGCGGCCGGGAUGGCGAAAAGCCGCGGAGAGAACGGGCCGCGCGCCCCCGCGGCCGGCGGGAGCCUGUCGGGGACCCGGGAGAGCCUGGCCCCGGGCCCCGACUCCGCAGCCGCCGACGAGCUCAGCUCUCUCGGCUCCGACUCGGAGGCCAACGGCUUCGCCGAGCGCCGCAUCGACAAGUUCGGCUUCAUCGUGGGCUCGCAGGGCGCCGAGGGCGCGCUGGAGGAAGUCCCCCUGGAGGUGCUGAGGCAGAGGGAGUCCAAGUGGCUGGACAUGCUCAACAACUGGGACAAAUGGAUGGCCAAGAAGCACAAAAAGAUCCGUCUGCGGUGCCAGAAGGGCAUCCCACCUUCCCUGCGGGGCCGUGCCUGGCAAUACCUCUCAGGAGGCAAAGUGAAGCUACAGCAGAACCCUGGGAAGUUUGAUGAGCUAGACUUGUCCCCUGGGGACCCCAAGUGGCUGGAUGUGAUUGAGCGUGACCUACACCGGCAGUUCCCUUUCCACGAGAUGUUUGUGUCCCGGGGGGGCCAUGGCCAGCAGGACCUGUUCCGUGUGCUGAAGGCCUACACACUGUACCGACCCGAGGAGGGCUACUGCCAGGCCCAAGCACCCAUUGCCGCCGUGCUGCUCAUGCACAUGCCUGCUGAGCAAGCUUUCUGGUGCCUUGUGCAGAUCUGUGAGAAGUACCUGCCUGGCUACUACAGCGAGAAACUGGAGGCGAUCCAGCUGGACGGAGAGAUCCUCUUCUCACUACUGCAGAAAGUGUCACCCGUGGCCCACAAGCACCUCAGCCGGCAGAAGAUUGACCCGCUGCUCUACAUGACGGAGUGGUUCAUGUGUGCCUUCGCCCGCACCCUGCCCUGGAGCUCCGUGCUGCGUGUCUGGGACAUGUUCUUCUGUGAAGGAGUCAAGAUCAUCUUCCGGGUGGGGCUUGUGCUGCUGAAGCAUGCGCUGGGCUCUCCCGAGAAACUCAAAUCCUGCCAGGGCCAGUACGAGACGAUCGAGCGGCUGCGGAGCCUCAGCCCCAAGAUCAUGCAGGAGGCCUUCCUGGUCCAGGAGGUGGUGGAGUUGCCCGUGACUGAGCGCCAGAUUGAGCGAGAGCACCUCAUCCAGCUGCGGCGCUGGCAGGAGACACGUGGUGAGCUGCAGGGCCGCUCUCUGCCCAGGCUGCAUGGUGCCAAGGCCAUCCUGGAGGCGGAGCCGGGUCCCCGGCCAGCCCUGCAGCCCUCACCAUCCAUUCGCCUGCCCUUGGAUGCCCCCCUCCCUGGCUCCAAAACCAAGCCCAAGCCUCUCAAGCAGGUCCAGAAGGAGCAGCGGAAGCAGGCGAAGGCAAGUGGGCAGCUGGACAAGCCCCCGGCCCCAAAUGAAGCUGAGGUGGCAGCCGCUGCAGGAGACGCAUGCCCCCCACAGGACAUGCCCCCAAAGGACCUGGUCCCACAGGACUUGGCCCACCACCACUCCCAGGAGAGCCUGACGUCCCAGGGGAGUGAGGACACCUACUUGUAACCCUACAGUCCGCCCUCUGGGGUGGGAUCUCCUCACACCUACACGGUUAUGGACUGACAUUCCAGGGACUGCCCACCCUUGGAGGUCUAAGCGCCUGGCCGCUGGGCCUCAUGGAGUCUGGCUGGCCCAGUAGAUUCUGCCUAAGCCUCCUUAUUUAUUUUCUCCAGAGUAGCGCUCGGGCUGGUCCAACCAGGGUAGACACAAGUGAGGGCUAAAUGGUGGGCCUUACUCAGCCCUGUCCUCCUGGGGGAUGCUGGGGCCCUAGCUUGAGGGGAGAGGGUGGGCUGAAGGGUGGGGUGCUCUUUG